CUCUGAACGGCAUAUCGUAUAGUGAGUAUUACUUCUACUCUCAGCAGAAGCAGCUAAUAGGACACAAUAGAAGCAGUCGCCACCAGCAUGAUGCGGCCGGAGCGGCGUCAACUUUUGGACAGAAGUCUUAUAGAUCUGAGUCGGGAAAUGGAUGUUGACGAUGUGCUUCUCUAUCUGCAAAGCAAAGGAGUGUUCCCGGAUCUGGUCGUCGACAAAGUUUUGUCUUCUGGAGGCACAACUGCCAAGCGAGUCGCCAUCAUCCGUGCUGUAAAAUCGAGAGGUGACAAAGCUUAUGAUGCUUUGUUUCGGGCGCUGCUCUACGCGCGACAAUCUCAUCUAGCCGAUCUUUUGAGGCCACUAAUUGAUGAAGACGUGCUCCAAACAAUUGAAAAUGAGCCUUUGAACGGUGCAUCACAUCCGAAUCCAUCCUCUCCUAGUAAAAUGGAUGGUACUGGCCCUUCGACAUCUUAUAUGCCUCCAAUGCAACCAGCUGGUGUACUAGACGAUCUCAAGGUUGAUUUCGUUGACAGCAACUCCUGUCCACAGGUGGAGAUGUAUAUGAGGAAUCGUGAUUUGAUAUACCCGAACUUUGCCACUCCUAAAGGUCUUUGUCUCAUUAUCAACAACGAAAACUUCUCGUCUAUGCCACGGCGACAAGGCACAGAAAUUGAUUGCGUGAAUCUCAAGAAUUUAUUUGGACAGAUAGGUUACAAAGUGAUAGUGGAGAAUGAUCUCACAUGUAAGGAGAUGCUUACACGGGUUAGGACAUUUGCAAAUGAUGCAGGACACCGUUUUUCAUCAUCAGCGAUUUUGAUCAUACUUACACAUGGAGAAAGGGAUCAGCUGCUUGGUGUUGGCGGUGAUGAUGACAUCUUGUCGAUAUAUCCUGUACUAGAAGCGUUGAACGCACGGAACGCUCCUUUGCUGUCAGGCAAACCGAAGCUGGUAUUCAUUCAGGCCUGCAGAGGAGAUCGACGCGAUACUGGUGUAGCAUAUAUGGAUCAAGUCGAUACGGCUCACCAUAAAACUGAUGGCCCAUUUGGAUUCCUCAAGUGCAUACAAAGCCCGGCAGUCGUCGAAACCACAUCGUUGAGACCGCGUGAAUCUGACUUUCUCAUAGCAUACGCCACUCCGCCAACGUAUGUAUCUUGGCGUAAUAGUCUUCGAGGCAGUUGGUUUGUGCAAGCGGUUUGUGAGGUGUUUGCUAAGCAUGCGCGUGAUAUGGAUAUUCUGCAGUUGCUCACAAGAGUAAAUCAAAGGGUGGCGGAGUGCUUUCAGACAAAUUGCUCUUCUUCGUACAAGCAAAUGCCUGAGUUCCAUUCAAGGCUCAUCAAACAGUUCUACUUUUUUCCUGGUGUGAAACGUUCUUCUUCAUGCAAUCUCACACUCACACGGAUCAACAUACUCGCUGAUCGUCAUUUUGGAGCAGAUUAUAAAGCGGAGAUGCUCAUGGGAUGCUGGUUCCAAAUAUGA